AUUAGGUCUGCGCCAUUUGCUUUGAUUUGGCCUUGACUGUACGGUGGACUUGUAUCUAUUGCGCACACAUUUCUCUUCGUAAUUCUUCUAUGUAAAUGAAAGUUUCCUCAAUUUUAAGGACAGUUCGUAGAAACCUGCUAUCCGUGUUUGCACCCACCUUUACUGCCUAUAUAAUUUACGUGGAUUAUCAAGCUUGCAAAAAUUAUAAAGGAUCGAAACUCGCAAAUGAAUCUUCAGGUGUCGUCGGGUAGUCUUCGGAUGGGGUUGUUUGUGACGGGAAUAGUAGCUGGUGUUUUCGGUUCCUAUGCACUUUACAGGUGUAUUCCUGUGAAUGAAGGAAUGAAAGGUAGAUCAGCACUUUAUCGCAACAGGAAAGUUCCAGCUGGUGAAGAUCCAUGGAAGUACUAAUGCUUUAGUUAAUGUAUAAAUAAAUACUUCGUAGCAGUAGAAUGUCUUUUGUUUUAAUGCUCACGUUGUAAACAUUCUAACCAUCCUUAUGUUUUCAGUGCACUGCUACCUAAAUUAUGGAAAGUGUAUCAAAGCGGAAUAAUUUGGAAGAUGAUCUUAAGAAUGUAGAGUUUGAGACAUCUGAAAAUAUUGAAGUAAUCCCAUCUUUCGAUUCAAUGUGUCUCCGAGACGAUCUACUUCGUGGGAUUUACGCUUAUGGAUUUGAGCGGCCUUCAGCGAUUCAGCAAAGAGCUAUCAAACAAAUAGUAAAGGGUCGAGAUGUUAUAGCACAAGCUCAGUCUGGUACUGGCAAAACCGCAACAUUAGGUAUAUCUAUUCUACAAAUGUUGGACACCCAGCUAAGAGAAACUCAAGCAUUGGUUUUGUCUCCAACCCGUGAACUAGCCUCGCAAAUACAGAAAGUCAUCCUCGCCCUAGGUGACUACAUGAAUGUUCAAUGUCACGCUUGUUAUGGUGGGACAAACAUUGGAGAAGAUAUUAGGAAACUGGACUACGGACAGCAUGUCAUAUCUGGAACUCCUGGUCGUGUAUUCGAUAUGAUACGCCGUCGCAGUUUACGAACAAGAGCUGUUAAGUUGUUUGUUCUGGAUGAAGCUGAUGAGAUGUUGGAUAAAGGGUUCAAAGAACAAAUUUACGAUGUUUAUCGGUACUUACCCCCUGGUACACAAGUAGUUCUUCUAUCAGCCACAAUGCCUCAUGAGAUCCUCGAAAUGACGUCAAAGUUCAUGACCAAUCCUGUUCGGAUUCUGGUAAAACGCGAUGAAUUAACUUUGGAAGGCAUAAAGCAAUUCUUUGUGGCAGUAGAACGAGAAGAAUGGAAAUUUGACACUCUUUGUGAUUUGUACGAUACACUCACUGUCACUCAGUCUGUUAUUUUCUGCAAUACUAAACGUAAAGUUGCAUGGUUGACGGAGAAAAUGCUCAAAAACAACUUCACUGUGGCUUCUAUGCAUGGUGAUAUGGUUCAGAAAGAGCGAGAAGAAAUUAUGAAAGAUUUCCGAGCUGGGGAUAGCCGCGUCCUCAUAACAACAGACUUGUGGGCACGAGGCAUUGAUGUCCAACAGGUAUCUCUUGUCAUAAACUACGAUUUACCUAACAAUCGUGAACUUUACAUCCAUCGUAUAGGUCGAUCGGGGCGUUUUGGACGUAAAGGUGUAGCGAUUAACUUUGUAAAAACGGAUGAUAUAAAAAUCUUACGCGAUAUUGAACAGUACUACUCUACACAAAUUGAUGAAAUGCCAAUGAAUGUUUCAGACCUUGUAUAAUUCUUGGCAUUCUUUUCGUACUUUAAUAAAUACUUAUAUUUUGU